AUGUAUGAUGUCGCGGGUGACAAGUUUGAAGAACCUGAUGAAACAUUACAAAAUACUGACCAUACUUAUAGUUUUUCACAAUCCCUAUCGACAUUGGGACUCACAAUGAAGAAUGGCUAUGACUUUUGCUACGACAAUACGAAUGAAAAUCAAACGGAAUGGACACCACAGAUCGUCGCUGUGAGCUUCGGAGAUAACAUUAAGAAUGAGCUAAACAAUGAUGAACAGAUGUUAGAAAGUACGCAGACGCUUGAGAAUCUCAACGCAACAGUAAAACCUCAAAUUUUGAUAAAACACGAACCUUUAGAAAUUGAGGAGCAUAAUGAAGACAAAGAUGAAACAGUGUUACCUAAAGUUACAAUCAG